AGAAGAGAACUUCCGUUUUCCUUUCGGCUCCCGCCCCGCUCCGCCAUCAUGAAGUCCUGAACAAAAACGGAUGGGAGUCGAGUAAAACGGGAAUAAGAUCAGACUGGAGAUGAAAUCCGUGGACGACAUUAAGGCGAUGACAGUGCGAAGCGGAGCGCGGAGCGGAGCCCUGGAAAUUAACGAGCCGGUCUCUCGUUGAGAAGUGGGCGGGCGGCUCCUGUGGUCCGGGUUAUUUCAGUUAGCGGCGCGGCUAACUGCAGAGCUAGCCUGUGGUUUUCUCCUGGACUCCCUCUGUCAGCUGCGAGCUGUCACUUCAACUCGCCGCCGCUGAGCUCAUGUGCAGCGGGGCAGACGGGACAUCUGUCCGUGCGACCCGGAGCGGCAGGAUGGAGCGGACCUCGAGAACCAGCGUCGACACACGCGAUGUGGUUCGCUCGUGUUGAGUAGACACCAGCGCCGAGGACCGGGGAGCGAGGACCAAUAAUUUCCUGCCAGGCCGGGUAGCUAGCUUCACAGCUAGCUACAGUGGAUCCCAAAAGCCACGGCGCUGGUCAUGCCAUCGAGUGUGCGGGCCGGGAGCCUGAAGGACCCGGAGGUGGCUGAGCUGUUCUCCAGGGAGGAUCCCGAGAAGCUCUUCACUGACCUGAGGGAGAUCGGUCAUGGGAGCUUCGGAGCAGUUUACUUCGCCCAUGAUAUCCGCACAAAUGAGGUGGUGGCCAUCAAGAAGAUGUCCUAUAGUGGCAAACAGUCCAACGAGAAAUGGCAGGAUAUCAUCAAGGAAGUGAAGUUCCUCCAGAAACUGCGGCACCCCAACACAGUCGAGUACCGUGGCUGCUACCUGAGAGAGCACACAGCAUGGCUGGUGAUGGAGUACUGCUUGGGCUCGGCCUCCGACCUCUUAGAAGUUCACAAGAAACCCCUCCAGGAAGUGGAAAUAGCUGCCAUAACCCAUGGUGCAUUGCAGGGAUUGGUGUAUCUCCACUCUCACAACAUGAUUCACAGGGAUGUGAAGGCAGGAAACAUCUUGCUAACGGAGCCAGGGCAGGUCAAACUGGGAGACUUUGGCUCUGCCUCCAUUGUUGCUCCAGCCAACUCCUUUGUGGGAACACCCUACUGGAUGGCCCCUGAGGUGAUUCUGGCCAUGGACGAGGGUCAGUACGACGGGAAGGUAGAUGUGUGGUCACUUGGCAUUACCUGCAUAGAGCUGGCGGAAAGGAAGCCUCCUCUGUUCAACAUGAAUGCUAUGAGUGCCUUAUACCACAUCGCCCAGAACGAGAGCCCUGUGUUGCAGUCAAAUCACUGGUCGGAUUAUUUCCGCAAUUUUGUGGACUCCUGUUUGCAGAAGAUCGCCCAGGACAGACUUACCUCUGAUGUGCUGCUCAAGCACCACUUCCUAUGCAGAGAGCGUCCCAUGACAGUCGUAAUGGACCUGAUCGCACGCACCAAGGAUGCUGUCCGCGAGCUGGACAACCUUCAGUACCGGAAGAUGAAGAAAAUCCUCUUCCACGAGGCGCACAAUGGUCCAGCACCGGAGGGAGGUGAUGAAGAAGAGGAUGGGGAGCAGUAUAUGCUUCGCACCGGCACAGUCAACAGCAUGGAGAGCUCCCACUCUCUGCCAUCCAUGUCAAUCAGCGCCAGCUCCCAGAGCAGCUCGGUCAACAGCCUGGCGGACGGCUCCGACGACAGCGGGGAGAUGGCCAUGAUGCAGGAGGGAGAGCACACCGUCACCUCCAACAGCUCCGUCCUGCACAAACCCCUGAGCCAUGACAACAUCUACGAUGACCCUUAUCAGCCCGAGAUUGACCCACUGCGAGAAGCUCCUUCUGCUGGUGGUAUUGUUGUUGUUGGUGGUGGAGGAGGCGGAGGAGGCGGGAGGCGUCGUCGAGGAAGAGACCAUUUUGCCACCAUCAGGACGGCCUCGCAAGUCACUCGCCAGAUUCAGGAACAUGAGCAGGGUUCGGCCCUGAGAGAGCAGAUGUCUGGGUACAAGCGAAUGCGGCGGCAGCACCAGAAGCAGCUGAUGGGCCUGGAGAACAAGCUGAAGGGAGAGAUGGACGAGCACCAGCUGAGACUAGACAAAGAGCUGGAGAAUCAGAGGAACAGCUUCUCAAUGGAGGGAGAGAAACUCACCAAGAAGCACCAGGCUAUUCUGGAGAAGGAGACAAAGGCCGUCAUGACUGAGGAGAAGAAGUUCCAGCAGCACAUUCUGGGCCAGCAAAAGAAGGAGUUGACCGGUUUGCUGGAGUCCCAGAAACGACAGUACCGGCAACGCAAGGAGCAGCUCAAAGAGGAACUGAAUGAGAACCAGUCCACGCCAAAGCGAGAGAAGCAGGAGUGGUUGGUGCAUCAGAAGGAGUGUAUGCAGCAGCUACAGGCGGAGGAGGAGGCCGGCCUGCUGCGACGGCAGAGGCAGUAUUAUGAGCUCCAGUGUCGCCAGUACAAGAGGAAGUUGGUGCUGGCACGCCACAACCUGGAGCAAGACCUGCUGCGAGAGGAAUUGAACAAGAAGCAGACUCUGAAGGACCUGGAGUGCGCCAUGCUGCUGCGUCACCACGAGUCCACCCAGGAGCUGGAGUUCCGCCAGCUGGGUUUGGUGCAGCACACACGGGCCGAGCUCAUACGCACGCAGCACCAGACGGAGCUCACCAACCAGAUGGAGUACAACAAGAGGCGUGAGCAGGAGCUGCGUCAGAAACACGCGGUGGAGGUCCGCCAACAGCCCAAGAGCCUCAAAGUGAGUGAGAGCCAGGGGUCUCCUGAGGAGGGAGAGAGCCAGACCACAGAGGGGCCGAGCUGCAGCUGGGACAGUGAGGCAGGGGUGGUGGAGGUGGAGUUAGGAGAGGAGAAGGAGGCGGUAGCUAAGGAGAUAAAUGAUGUUGAGCUUGACAGAGGAGAUAAAGUGUUAGAGGAGGAGGAAGGAGUGAAUGUCCCUGAGAGGAAAGAUGAGGUGGAUGACGAGAGUAAACCAAAGGGAAAUGAAGACGGAGAAGAUGAGGGUGAGAAGGAGGAUUGGAAAAUCAGCGAAGAAGGUAUAGAGGUGAGGGAAGUAGAGGGAGUGCAGUGGGAGUACGACGAGGACCCCAGUAACACUGCACAUGUAGAAACUGAUGAAGAGGAAGAGGAGGGCAGGGGCGUGGCCGAUGGCUGUCCAUCAGAUCUCAUCUCAUUCCAGUCCCUAGAAAGGAGACGCCUCCAUCAGCGGCAGAUUGAUGAGCUCACUGAGUUUUACUUCCCUGAAACACCAGAGGAGCUGGAGCCCACACCUAUCUCCCCCCCUCCUCCCCCUCCCCCCUCUCAGACUUCCUUCCCCUCACUCUUCUCUCACGCCAUCUGCCUCCUCCUCUCCCUCUCCGCUGCUGCUCAGCCCUCCAACCUCACUUUGCUCCUACUCUCCAUCUUCCUCCUCUCCCUGCGUCGUUCCCCUCCUCUGCCCUCUGUGGCCUCUGUUGUUCUCUCUGCGGAGCUUGCCUUAUUGGCGCUCUUCUUCUCGUACCUCUUCCUUCGCUCCUGCUGCUCUCUGUCUCUAUCCACGUAUCUGUCUCUCAGCCUCUGGGCCAGCGGCCUCUUCAGUUUAGGCCUCUCCCUCAGUUUGGGGAUUUAUUAUAUCCCCAUGAUUUUGAUCUCAGCCUCCUUCCUCAGCUCCCCCUCUCUCUUCCUCUCCCUCUACUUGGUGGUGGUGCUGAUUGUCAGGCCGGCCCGUGACUUCCUCCAACACGCACCCCGCAAAGUCAACCGUCUCUACAUGCGAAUCCUUUUCCGCCUCCCCAGACCCCUGUUUGCCAUGUGCCAGUCAGUCUUAGGAGGUAUGGCUGAGCGUAGCCUCUAUGAGAUGUUUCCCAAAGCAGGGCGCAACUGGGGUGUGCGUCGGUCCAAAAUCCCGGUCCCCCUGAAGAGCUUACCUUUAGAGUAUCAAGCUCGCUGCAAUAUCACCUCUCCCUGGGCCAAGGGCCUGCUCUGGGUGAAGCGUUUUACUAGACGCCCCCUUGGGGUCCUGGCAGAUCUUGCUAACUCUAUAGUGCUAAAACUAGCCGGACAGGCGCUUCAAAAGUUGCCAGACAGUGUCCGGGUCACACUCCAAUCUCUGGGUGUCUUGAGGAAGCAAAUCCCGAGUAGGUUGCCCCGACUGCUGCCCAGGGAGGAGCGGGAGAGGAGACAGAGGGAGAGGAGGAGGAGAGAGAGGGAGAGACAGAGGAGGGAAGAGAGGGAGAGGAUGUUUCGAGAUGAUGCCAGGUGGGAGUUUGGGUUGAGGCGAACUUCUUCUGGGAGGUUUGUCAGAGGGAAGAUUCGGCCGUGGAGAUAGCGAGAGACAAAUCGAAGGAUUGAGUGGGAAUGUGUGCUGCUGGUGUGUGUGCGCGUGUUGGUGUGAGUAUGUGAGUGUGAUCAUGUUUUAUGUUCCGUUGUUGGACCAUUGUUUGUGUCUUUUUGAUUUGGACCCACAUGUCUUUUGUUACAUGAUUCCCUGACUGGUUUUUGGUCACAUUCUCAAAGAUGAGGUGUAUUAAACCCAGCACCAACAUGCGUCUGUACAUCUGUGUGCGCUGGCUGGAGGUGAUUUUAUACACAUGCACACAAGCCGUACUGUUGAAUCAGUGGGCUCUGCAAACAUAAACAUGCAGCUGACCCCACGGUUACUGUACCAACCCCAGUGAAAUUUCUACAUUUCAUUAUUGUGCUUUUUGUAAAAGUUCCUUGAAGUUUCUUUUAUUUUUAUUUUGCUCUUAAUUUGUAAGACAAAUGUUUUUAUGGUUAUUUUUAAGACCGUUUUUGUGCAAUGGUUAAUUUUCCUUUUAUAGUGGUCUUAUUUGAUGGGGUCUCAUUCGCGCACUGUUACCUUAGUGCUGAGAACAAAUAUCACAGUGUUGCAUAGUUUCAGGGCUUCAGUAUCAUUUUACUCCCCAAAGCUCAAAACUGUGAAAACAAAGAUGCUCAAUAAUUUCACUAACAUCAAGCUGAACACUAGCCUGAACUCAGUCAGUAAAUAAGUGCAAUAAAAAGCUAAGCAGAAAGACGUGGGACCACUGUAAGACGUCUGAUAUUUGAAAUUCGGUUUCUUUUAGAUAUCAAAGUGGGAAACAAUUAACAGGGGAUCUUACUUUUAUAGUACUAGUAAAGUUUAUUUCAGGUUUUAGACAUUAUUAGAUAUUAUUUCCAGCUCGUAGAAUCAUUAUCUUUCAGAUUCUAGUUGGAAAAACUACUUUUAUUGCGCUGUAUGCAGUAAUGUUUUUAUGAUUUACCAUGUAAACAUUUAGAUAUUUUUCCCUUAAUCAUCCUUUAAAUCUACAGCAGUUGAGUGCCUAUAGUUAUAUAAACAGUCGGCUGUGAAGUGACAUAUCCUGAACACAUAUAGUGAACACAUAAGAAAGCAGUUUUACUCAGAGUAGCAAAAGUAUUAUAAUAUAAUUAAAACCUAUUUAAUAUUGCAGCUUAGCUUGUUGAUAUGAAGCCAUAGACAAUCGUUUGAGACAUGCAAUCGUAAAAUCAGUCCAAAGGUUGAUGAAACUACUGAAAGUGAAUGAAGAGAUCCAGAUGUUGCAGUCAUGUCUGAUUUUUGCACCGUCUCAAAGACCAUUCAAGAACAACACAUGAGAACAGAUCACCAGUUUAGGGCUGCAAGAAAUUCUUAUUAUUUAUUAAUUAAUCUGUUGGUUGAUUUAUUCAAACGUUUAUGAAAAUCCAUAAACCAAAGAAGUUAGUGAGUUUACAUUGAUACAUUAAAUAUUGUCUGAUCUGAGAAGCUGGAACCAGGAAAUGUUUUGUAUGUUUUCACCAUGUUUGCUUUGAAACAUUCAUGAAAACAUUAAAUGAUAAGUUGAUUAUCAAUUAUCCAAAAGUAAAAGGGUUGCUGAUAGAUUUCUGUCAAUCAACCAGCUUUUCGUCAGUCAAACCGAAAAAGAAAGAAGCAAAUUGUUGGACAAGAAAAACCAAAAUGCUAUUGAGUGCACAUUUAAUUGAGAUGAAGAAAAAGCAAAGUCAGGCUGAAAUGCGUAGUUGUGUCGUGCAUAGUUCUGGGAAUAUGAAGAUUUUAAAAUGUGCAAGUCUACAAGGGAAGUCUGGUCGAACAGUAAAAUGAACCAGUUCUUUUAAAAGCAGAUUUAUAUAGAAGGAAAAAAAAGUGGCGUCGUUUGAGCCAUUCAAACUUAACUUUAUCGGGACCCGGGGGGAACAAAGAAGUCGGGCACUUCUUUUUAUGAGUAACUUGCAUUUGGGAAAUCUAGAUUUUAAAAGAAAGAUAUUUUACAAAUAUUGUUAUUUGAAUGUAAUUUGUUUUGGUUUUUUUGCCAUUGAUUUACAUUUGUGUUCCAGUUAUUCCCUGUUCCUCUGUGUAUGUUUACAUGUUUGUAUUCUGUUUUGUUGUGACACCGUCUGUGUUUUGAGUUUCCACAGAGUUAUAUCACAUUGAGUUUUUUUUGUUUUUUUUAUAUUUAAUUUAUGCAGUAUUUAUAAGACUAGUACUGCAUUCUGUUUGGCAGCCAUUUUGUUGUCCUCUUUAUUCAUUUCAGCUGCACGAGUGUUGGCAUACUGUACGGCUGUAUGCUCGCAGGCAUAGAAAAAUAUUUUGUCAUACGUCCAGAUUUUUCUUUACACAAAAAAUAAAUUCUUUUGUGUGUAAAA